GUUGGAGUCACAUCAGCAACUAGAUAGAGAGAUCCAUCCUUGAUUGAUCCCGCAGCAGGAACAUUUUCAGUGUUACAGCAGUGGAUGGGGAAAAAAGUACAAAGAAAAGAGCAGCACACAGUGCAGAUAUAAAUAGUCACUUUCUCCUAUUAGAAGCAAUAUGAAUGUUUGUAGAAAAAAAAUCUGUGUAAUUGCACAUAUGUUUAUUUUAAGAUAAGAUCAACUUUAUUCUUGCUGGAAGAAAUUGCUGUGCCAGAGUACAAUACCAUAAACGAAGGUUAGUGGAAUAUAUCCAAUUACACAGGGGUUAGUAGUAAAACAGAAAUAAAGUACAAAAUGCAACAUGUCUAAAAGUUUUUCUAGAAAAAAAAACAAAAAUAAAAUAAAUUCUGAAUGUAUGUAAAGUUUUGAACAGGACCAGUUGACUAAAACACAUGAACAAAAUAUUAAAAUUAUUAAUAUGUAGUAUAGUCUUCAGAUAAGAGAGAACAUUUUGGCCUUCUGCUCCUUCUUUCAAAUUGAAAAUGAGAUUUUCCCUUCGCACCUGGUCCUCCAUUUCAGUGAGUUUGAUUUCAAAAGCUUGUUGCUUCUUCUGGCAUUCAGAUACAUUUUUUCCCAUCACAGUAACUUGCUCCUUUAUAGCAACAGUUUCUGAGCGAAUAUAUUUUAUCUCGUCAGUGUGACGAGACAGAAUUGAAUGCAUGCUUUUGAUUCAUCCGUGCCUCGGACUUCUCGUCGGCGCCUCUGAAAUAUCUCGCCGUCUCUUCAAUGACUUUUGCGAGAGCCGCAUUUUCCUCAGUGAGCUCCUUCUGUAGGGAAGCCAUCAGCACUUGUUUAGCGGCCGUAGUUUGUCUUGUAGUUGGCAUUUAGCGACGUUAGCCUCCCUGGAAUGGCGACCCAAGCGCUCGUAGAUUUUGAAAGAAAUUGGGAAGGAGGGUGGCCAGAACAGUCUAUACUACCGCCAUGACACCGGAACAUACCACUGAGUUUUAGCCAUAGACUGUAUAUAUAGUGGACGUAGCAUCUGGUUUCCAGAAUUGAAGCCAACCCGGAAGUGUCAAAAACUUGCAAUAUCACGCCGUCCGCUAGGGUUGGCUCCAAAAAGCUUUUUCUCCAUAGACCCCAAUUCAUUUUUGGAAAGAAUAAAAUUUGAUAGACUGAUGUUCUACAGCUCAGGAUUUUUUUCCCGUUAGUUUUCAUGGUCAAAAUGAGAGAUCAGGUGGCCGAUCUUAAAAUAAAUCAAUACUGAAUUUUAAAUAAAUCGUUAAAGUUGGCGGAGCCAGGGGGCGUGGCUAUACUUGAUAGACAGCAACAGAAACCUCUGCGGUAAAAUGUGGGCGGGAUAAGAGAGUCCUCAGCCAAUCCUGCCCCUAGUUGCUCUCCGGUCCAGUCUGUUUGAUGACGCUUUUUACGUCACUGGCUCCAAAAAAUCCAAAACGGCGACCAGGAAGUAGCAAAAUCCGGGCUUCAUUUUCUCGGCGUUGAAACCAACAGGUGACAUCACGGUUAGUUUACGCCUGGUUUUAGCCCUCUGUGAUGCUAAUAGAUGGUCACAUAUCCUACUGACUGCCGCUACACUCAGCGGUUAUAGUCACGAACGAUGCUUUAUCCAAAUUUUAGUGAAUGAAGUUGUCCCAUCAGAUCUGAGGUAGCCAGUGAUAUUUCAGAUGUGGUUGUGGCCUCUUUGGCAUUGUAUUUCAUUAUAUUUUCACAUAAAUGUUGACAUAAAUAAAGACAUUUCCACCAUGAAGAGAAGGAACCAGUUGGUACAUAAAAAAGUAAACAUCUUCAACUUCAUUCUUAGGACAAUGUUAGUAUGUGGAGAGCCACAAGCAUCCGCCUUUGGUAGCCGGCACAUUUAUUAACCACGCCUGACGUACGUCAGCGGGGUUACUGCAUUCGCUUCGGUAUCUGGCUGGGUAAGUAUGUGUGUGUGUGUGUGUGUGUGUGUGUAUGUCCGGUCAGAUAUCUCUGGAAGUGCUGAAGUCAGGAUGAUCAAACUUGGCACUGACGAUCGAUCUAAGGUCCCCUGCUCAGUUGUGGAGUUAGAGGUCAGCAGAUCAAGGUCAAGGUCACAGGGGUCACUUAGCACUUUUCUGGUAUAUUGCAUGCAUGGGCGUGGUUCUGCCAUCUACUGAGGGCUCGUCUAGUUGUUUGUUUGCCUGGAAAAUCAAGACUGACUUUAUUUAUGUAUUAAUAUAAAUACAAAUAAAGGCAGUCUGGCAUUGUGAUGAUAGGAGACAAUUUCAAAAAGGAGGGGCUAACGAAUGCAGCUUGAACGAGAAAGAACCAAUCAGCGUAACACGGAUGUGACCCACAAACAAAUCGACCUUGAAGUCCAUGUAGUCCAAACAACAAUGGCAUGCAGCCGAGAAAGCGUCGCAGUGAAUGAUUAGGUGUUGUAUGGGUAAUCCAGACGCUGAAGAUGACGCAGCAUUAACUCCCGCUUCCCGUGUUGGUCGUACCAAACUUUCCCGGGAGGGAAACGCGAUUCAAUUCGCCCACUGCCAAAGUGAUUCUCCUGUAUCUCCUAACAUGGAGAUAGGAGAUUACAUGGAGAUUCAGUUUGGAUUUUCCAAGCUAGUUGUUUGUAUUUUCACUACAGAUACUAAUAGUAAAAUAACAGUAAAUGUAAAAUUUACACUUAUUAUUUUUCCAAAUUCAUUCGAACAAAUAAUCACAGUGAAAAAAAGCCCAUGAGGAAGCAGCCUGCUGUGAAGCUGGAUUUAGUCAGCAGAGAGAUAGGGAAGAAAUUUAGUUCCCUCGGCUCAGUUCCUCAUUUCAACUUUUCACGGAAAACAGUUUGAGCGGAUCAGCUGGCAGGUCGGUAACAUUUUGUGUCAUUUAAAUAUACAAGCAGAGCCAGAUGGACUCCUAAAUAUUCUCUUUAAACAACAUCCCACUCAUUUUGCUCUGAUUUUAGUGCAAUUAAAUACUUCUUCUAUAAUUGUUCUGCUUGACUAAGUGAUGAAAGAAGGAGUAUGGAUGGUUUUGACUCUUAAAUCAAUGUAUUAUCUUGUGUUCAGUAUUAAAUUCUUGAAUCAGUCUGUGUGGAAAGGGCGGGAAAGAACAAAGGUUCCUGGGAGUCUAAAGUUCAUCGAGUUGUUCCUCCUGGUUUUCAACACACCUGAGAAACCAGAGCUGCGGCUAGACAGUAUUCCCUAAGGUUGAAUUUAUAUAUUCUAGAUAAGGAUUUAAUGAUGUCACUUGCAGAGCAAACCAAUGCCAGAGUCUUUGCACUUUCGUCACAUGAAGUUGAAAAGUUAUUGCUUUGGACAUGCUUUGGUUUGAGGAACCACAGCUGAGUUUGUCAAGAGGAUCAGGCCUGAACUGGAGCCUAUGGAAGCUGACUCAAGAUGAAAGGCAGAGUUCCCUCUGGACAGGACACCAGUCUAUUACAGGACUAACACAGAGAAACAGACAACCAUCCAUGCGCACACUCAUCAGUCAUGACGUCACACAUGGAGCUCCUCUUGGAAGUUCUGCAGGACUUGGGGAAUGAUGAGCUCAAGCAUUUUCAGUGGCUCCUGAAGCAGGCUGGGAUCAUCGAGGGUUUCCCAGCCAUCCCAAAGAGCCGACUGGAGGAGGCCGACAGACAGGACACGGUGGACGAGAUGGUGCAGACCUACAGCCUGCAUGGAGCUCUGCGGAUCACACUGGAAGUUCUGAGGAAGAUUGGCAGGAAUGAUUUAGUGGAGCAUUUUUCACAAAGUGUUGCUCAGCAUGACAAUGUUGGCACUGAUGUUGGUGAGACUUCAGAAACAACAGGAACUUCUUCCAUUCAACAGGCGUCGAUAGUUCUUCCUCAACCUCCUACUCCUGGUUUACAGGCUAAAGAUUUGUUGGUGCAAAGACCAAAGCCUCCACAACCCAUCACAUCAUACCAACACAUGCUCCAGUCAAACCUCCAGAACAAGUUCAUGUGUAUACUAGAGGGGUCAUCGAAGCAGAAGGACAAGAAACUUCUGGAUGACAUCUACACUGAGCUGUACAUCAUAGAUGGGAAUGACGAAGAUGUCAACAGGCAGCAUGAGGUCAGGCACAUUGAGAUGGCAUCAAGGAGGCCGCAAGAAAGCGAGAGAUCACUUCAGCACAAUGACAUUUUCAAACACCCUUCUGGGGAAAGCACUCCCGUGAGAACAGUUCUGACUCACGGUAUCGCAGGAAUUGGCAAAACAUUCCUGGUGCACAAGUUCAUCCUGGACUGGGCUGAAGGAAGAGCCAAUCAGGACACACAUCUCAUGUUCCCCUUCACCUUCCGCCAGCUGAACUUACUGACUGGGAGAAGGUUUCGUCUUGCUGAGCUCAUUCACAAAUGCAUCAGGGAAAGCCAAGGUAUCCAAGAGGAGGCUCUUAAUAACAUCUUCACAAAACUACAGACAUCAGGCAACACCAACUGUGACAAGAGUACAUUUAAGCUUCUGUUUGUGCUCGAUGGUCUGGACGAAAGCCGCCUUCACCUCAAUUUCAACGACAAGGACGACUGCUCUGUUGACAAGCCACUGUUUGUGAACGAACUGCUGGCGAACCUCAUCCAGGGGAAGCUGCUUCCUUCUGCUCGCCUCUGGAUAACCACACGACCUGCAGCGGCCAAUCAGAUCCCUCUUGACUUUGUUGACAUCAUGACAGAGGUGAGAGGCUUCACCGACCCACAGAAGGAGGAGUACUUCAGGAAGAGGUUCAGAGAUGAGCAGAUUUGUGGCCAAAUCAUCUCCCACGUGAAGACAUCCCGAAGCCUCCACAUCAUGUGUCACAUCCCAGUCUUCUGCUGGAUCACUGCUUCAGUUCUGACGGAAAUGUUUGGUGAAGGUGAGAAAAAUGAAAUUCCUCAAACUCUGACCGAGAUGUAUGCAAAGUUCCUGGUGUUUCAGAUGAAACAAACCGCAAUGAAGUAUGACAUGACCGAGAACAUGAAGAUCAUUAAAUCAUUAGCAAAGCUGGCCUUUCACCAACUGGAGAAAGGAAAUCUGAUCUUCUACGAGAUAGAUUUGAAGAACAGUGGCAUUCCCCUCAGUGAUGCGUCCAUGUACUCAGGGGUGUUCACACAGAUCUUUCAAGAAGAAGAUGGACUGAAUGAAGACAAGAUGUUUUCCUUUGUUCAUUUGAGCAUUCAUGAGUUUUUGGCAGCUGUUCAUGUGGUUCUGUCCCUCUUAAAUGACCGCAAGGAUGUGAUGGCUGAACCACAAACACCUCUCCAACAUUUGAACAGGCUGUUCCAGAAAGCCACUGUAACUGAAGUCUGUCAGAGAGCUGUGAACAAGGCCUUGCAGAGUCCAAACGGACACCUAGACUUGUUCCUCCGGUUCCUCCUGGGCCUUUCUUUGAAGUCAAAUCGGGCUCUCUUACGAGGUCUCCUGAAACAAAAACCAAGCAGCAGAGACACCAGCCAGGAACUGGCAAAAUACAUCAAAAAGAAAAUCAGAGAUCCCUCACCAGAGAGAUGCAUCAACCUGUUCCACUGCCUGAGUGAACUGAGGGACUGGUCACUGGUGGAUGAGAUCCAACAUUACCUGAAGUCAGGAAGCAUCUCCACAGCCCACAUCUCUCCUGCUCAGUGGUCUGCUCUGGUCUACGUGCUGCUGUCAUCCGAAAAAGAUCUGGAUGUGUUUGACCUGAAGAAGUACUCCAGAUCAGAGGAGGUUCUUCUGAGAAUGCUGCCAUUGGUCAAAGUCUCAACAACAGCACUGCUGAGCCAGUGUCAGCUCUCUCGACUGUCUUGUGAAGCUCUGGCUUCAACUCUCAGCUCUCAGGCCUCCAGUGUCAGAGAGCUGGACCUGAGUUACAACAAGCUUCAGGAUGUAGGAGUGAAUCUUCUCUCUGUUGGACUGAAGAGUUCACACUGUAAACUGGAAACUCUCAGGUUAUCAUGCUGUGAGGCCACUCAUGAUGGCUGCACUCCUUUGGCCUCGGUCUUGAGUGCCAACCCUUCCCAUCCGAAAGAGCUGGAGCACAACAACUAUCGUCCAAAAAAUCCAAAAGUGAAGCAGCGAACUGUAAAAGCGAGAAUACCGGUACACUGUGAGCUAAUGGAGCCUCGCGGUCACAAUGUGCUCCAGUAUUCCAGUCUCAGAGGGCUGGACCUGAGUAACAACAACCUGCAGGAUGUCGGAGUGAAGCGUCUCUCUGCUGGACUGGAGAGUCCACGCUGCAGACUGGAAGAUCUCAGGCUCAGCUCGUGUUGCAUGUCGGAGAAGGGCUGUGACUAUCUGGCCUCGGUUUUCCUGUCAAAGCCCUCCAGUCUGAGAAAACUGGACCUGAGUAACAACGACCUGCGGGACUUGGGAGUAGAGCUGCUGUCUCUUGGACUGGAAACCCUCAAUUUGUCAGGCUGCCUGGUUACAGAGAAAGGCUGUGGUUCUCUGGCCUUGGCUCUGAGCUUCAACCCUUCCCAUCUGAGAGAGCUGGACCUGAGCUACAACCAUCCAGGAGAAUCAGGGCUGAAGCUGCUCUCAGCUGGACUGGAGGAUCCACAGUGGAGACUGGAAACCCUCAGGGUCGAUCAUUGUGGAGAGUCCAGGAUGUUGCUUGGGCCUCCAAAAUAUACCUGUGAACUUACACUAGACCCAAACACAGCCUACAAGAACUUCCUCCUGUCUCAGGAUAACAAGAAGGUAACGGUGGUUAACAAGCAGCAGCCAUAUCCGGAUCACCCAGACCGGUUUGAGGUCCGGUGCCAGGUUCUGGGUACAAAUGGUCUGACUGGGCGUUGCUACUGGGAGGUGGAGUGCUCAGGACCAGUUACAGUAGGAGUAACAUACAGAGGGAUAGAGAGGAAAGGAAAAGGGGACGACUCUUUGCUUGGGUGGAACAGCAAGUCCUGGGGCUUUGACUACAGGAACAUUGCUUGGCACGACGGGAAGGCCACCGUCUCAUCGGCAUCGUCGAAUCGCAGUCCUGACAGAAUAGCAGUGUAUCUGGACUGGCCUGCUGGGACUCUGUCCUUCUACAGAGUCUUUUUAGACACUCUGGUCCACCUCCACACCUUCCACUGCACAUUCACAGAACCUCUCUACCCUGUGCUGGAAGUUUCUGGCACCGGUUCCUUUGCAUCACUGUGCUCGUGUUAGAGAAAUACAAACUACCGGAUCUCAGAAGGAACAGCCACAGCCAGUGACUGCUGCUUCUCAGAGUAAUGAAUUAGCCUUUUAAUGAACCGUCCGUCCGUCUGUCCAUCCAUCCAUGCAUUCGUCCGUCCAUCCGUCUGUCUGUCCGUCCGUACAUUCGUCUUCGUCCAUUUAUCGUCCGUCGGUCCAUCUAUCCAUCUAUCCAUCCAUCCAUUUGUUGUUCGUCCGUCCGUCCAUCUAUCAGUUGUCCUUCCAUUCAUUCAUCCAUUUUCUUAAAGUUAUCCGGGAUCAUGGAGGCAGCAGAGGACGUCUGCUGAGUGUUGAGGUUGUUGCUCCAUGAACUCUGAUCCAAUCCUGCCAUCUAGUGGACAAAGAAAAAAGAUGCAGAUUUCAGGCUAAAGCUACACCUUGAUUAAAUCUGUGUUCUUUUGUAUAAAUAAAUAAAAUCUCUUCAAAACAGAUAUUUGUAAUUUUGGACUUUGAAAUACCUACUUAUCUUUAUUUCAUCAAUUUAUUCAUUUUUAAAUAUUCAUGUCUUUGUAUAUUUUAGCCUGUUUUAUGUUUUGUUUUUUUUGUUUUUUCCAGAUUUUGCUUCAUUAUUGUAUUUUUUCUCUUAUUAAUUUUUAAAUCAUUGACUUGAACUGCCUCUGGUGCGUCCUCAUUGCAAAUUCCUGUGAUUUGUUUGAUUUAUUCAUAAAGUUACAGUCAAAUAUGACGACCCUCCACCAGGUGUGUCUGUUCAGGAGCUGAGGGUCAUCAGCUGAUUGAGCCACACCUGGGAUCAAGCGGCUCAGACUGCAUAAAACCUACCUUGUUUGCUUGGAUUGUGUGACAAUAAAACCUUUCUUUUAGUCACUA